AAUAAUAUAAUAACGCGUUGUGUGCUAUUUGCCGCGAUUUUUGUAUGCGUUUCGAAAGUGAUUUCGUCCUGCACAUGCUCGGCGAACAGGGCGCCGCCGUCGGCGGGUACGGUAGGCCCGAGGAAGAGUACGCGUCCGAAAACACCAAAAGGUUCACGGUGGACUCGCUUUUGCAGGUCCGAAGGCCGGCCACUGCGGCCGACGGCAGUAAGCAGCCAGCGGCCACCUGCAUGACACCUUGCUACGAAGUCGAAACAAAUUCAGAAACUGACAGUCAACGGAAAAGUAAGCCGAGAAGAAAUCGUACAACAUUUUCGAGUUGUCAAUUACGAGCAUUAGAAAAAGUGUUUGAAAGGACUCAUUAUCCAGACGCGUUUGUCAGAGAGGAACUAGCAAGAAGAGUGUGUCUGUCAGAAGCUAGGGUUCAAGUAAGCACAUAA